CACUCAGUCGUUCGGCCGCUCGCGUCGAGAACGAUCGUGUCGGGUUGAGAGACGUUGCCUUGGCGCGUAGUCAUCGACGUAUACAAUUUUUGAAAUAAACUCCGACUUGUUUUUGUGUUCGCGUGUAACAUCGUCCCAAAGGGUACGACGGCUCCCGCUAACUGGAUCCGCUCUGGUUUUUUUUAUUGUUUUUCGCCGGCAAGUGCAAAAUGUGAUGUUAUGUGCUCAACGAGCGUUCCGUCCUGUGUUACGUUACUGCAAAGUGAACUCAAUGGAUGUAAUGUGGUUUUAAAUUGGAAACGUUAAUCUCCUUUGGUGACUCAAAGUCGCAAACUGUAAAAAAAGAUCUUUACAAAUUAAUAGUCUAUGUUAUAUGAGACUCGGAGCUAAUGGCUAUAUGAGAACGUCGAUGCUGGCAAACUACAUUCGAAUAAAAAGUAUUUCAACAUGUCAAUGAGCGCAGUGAGAGGCUCGCACGGUUCCUGCACGCGCAGCACAGCCUUUAGAAUAUCGACGAUGGCACCACUGCGCUUAGUACGACAGAUCGCUGAACUCGUCACAUCAAAUUCAUGUAUGGUGGUGUUAGUAUCGCUAGUGCUGCUGUCGUGGCGCAGCGGGGCGACAGCGCUCGCCAACUGCCCCGCCGGCUGCAGCUGCAACGACGACACGCUAGUGGUGGUCUGCGAGGAGAGCCGACUGGAUGUCCUACCCAUCGCCCUCAAUCCCUCCAUACAGCGGCUCAUCAUCCGCAACAACAAGAUCAAAACGAUCGAUAGCUCCAUGCAGUUCUACGCAGAGCUGCAGCACCUUGACCUCUCGCACAACCACCUCGUCAACAUCCCCACAAACAGCUUCGCCUACCAGCGCAAGCUCCAGGAGCUGCAUUUGAACAAUAACAAAAUAUCAUCCAUCACUAACACGACCUUCCGAGGGCUCAACUCUUUGACAGUUCUUAAUGUAAAAAGAAACUACUUGGAGGAGCUCAAUAACGGAGUAUUCACGACGCUGCCGAGAUUAGAGGAACUAAACUUAGGCCAGAAUAGUAUAUCUCGAAUAGAGCCAGGAGCGUUUGCCGGACUGACCGCCUUAAGGAUACUCUACUUGGAUGACAAUCAGCUGAGUUCGGUACCGACGCCCUCCUUCAGUCUGCUGGGGAGCCUCGCCGAGCUGCACGUCGGCUUGAACGCGUUCUCCUCUCUGCCUGAUGACGCUUUUGCCGGCCUCAACAGACUAACUGUACUAGAUCUAAACGGAGCUGGACUCUCAAAUAUUAGUGAGAACGCGUUCAGAGGUCUACCAGGAUUACGAAGUCUUAAUCUUCUAGGGAAUAGAUUGAAUGUGGUGCCCACGCAGCAGUUGUCCGGUCUCACGAGAUUGGAAGAAUUGUACAUAGGACAGAAUGAUUUUUUAGAAUUAGAAAGCCAUUCGUUUAAAGGUCUCAAGAACUUGAAACUUUUGGACAUCACCGGCGCUACGUUACUGGAACGCGUUCAGAAGGGCGCCUUCGAAGAUAAUGUAAAUUUAGAAACCGUCAUAUUAGCCAAUAAUAAAAAGUUAUCGGUUAUCGAAGAUUGUACACUAUUAGGGCUGCCGAAGCUUAAGCAUGUUUCUUUAAGAGAUAAUGCUAUAGUAACGCUAAGUGAAACCAUAUUUAUAGGUAAAGAAUUAAGACAACUAGACUUGAAUGAUAAUCCUAUAGAGUGCGACUGCCAUAUGCGAUGGCUGCAAGAGCUUUUAAACGAGAAGAGUAACUUCACCCAAAUCCAGUGCGCGAGCCCUGACAACUUGAAGGAUAAAUAUUUGAAGACAUUAAACGCUGAAGACUUAGGUUGCAUCGUGCACGACACCCGGCAGCAAACCAUCAUUUGUGUGGUCGUUGUGGUCUCCGUCGCGACCUUCGCGGCUAUCAUCCUCAUGUUGUACCGAUGCAGGAAGAGUAUGCCUGAGAAACUGAAGGAUUAUAAAUGGAACAAGGGGCGCAAAAACCUGGAAUACCACAAGCCGAUAUCGACCGAGGAGGAUUGCAUACUAGAGCUUUACGCCUCCCCGAGCGUGUUCUUUAUGUCUGGCGGCCAGGGCUCCGCGCGCCGGCCGCCGCGCUCGGGAGGCGGCGGCACUAUGCCCGCCAACGGGUUUACCUACAUUGGCGGCGACAGCCGCGCGCAUCAGCCGCACCAGCCCAUGACGCUCAACAACGGUGCGCCGGCGCACCAUCUCAACAACGGCUCCCUCCGCUCCUUGCCGGAUAAAAAAAACAACCGCAACGGUGUCGUCUGCCAUCCGGAGAACUUUCAGCGGAACCUUGAUACCCGCUACUCCAGGAAGCAGGAGAACGGGUACCUGCGCAAUUCGGAGACCAUCAUCGGGUUCCCGCGGGACCGUGACCGGGAGAGGGAGCGGGAUUACGAGCGGGAGAUGCCCGACUACAGCGAACCGGAGUAUUCCGUCAUCACGGAAGGCUACGGGCGCACGGGGGAGUACGCUCGUGCCUGCACACACUCCAACACCUUCAACUGCUGAGUGCGCGCACAGAACUUUUAAACCGUUUGUGAUCUUGUAAUUCUAGCAAUAAAUCUUCAUUCCAUUAUGUUUUUCUAUGGAUGAACUAAGUCGUGAUGGGACGUAGAGCUCUAGAGCGGUUAGUGACUUUAGUGUGUCGGGUCCGGUGUACGUACGACCAGUGAGGACUAUCCUGAAUCGUAUUUCAUUUUAAUAAGAGAGUACCUUAUUUGUAAAUUAUAAUUAAGUAGUGAGGGAUCUAUUUUUCAAUG